AUGCUUACAAGGAACUGUUUAUCCCUGCUGCUCUGGGUACUGUUUGAUGGAGGUCUCCUAACACCACUUCAACCUCAGCCACAACAGACUUUAGCCACAGAACCAAGAGAGAAUGUUAUCCACCUGCCAGGGCAACGAUCACAUUUCCAACGAGUUAAACGUGGCUGGGUAUGGAAUCAAUUUUUUGUGCUGGAGGAAUACAUGGGCUCCGAGCCUCAGUAUGUCGGAAAGCUCCAUUCUGACUUAGAUAAGGGAGAGGGUACUGUUAAAUACACCCUCUCAGGAGAUGGCGCUGGCACCGUUUUUACCAUUGAUGAGACUACAGGGGACAUUCAUGCAAUAAGGAGCCUGGAUAGAGAAGAAAAACCUUUCUACACACUUCGUGCUCAGGCUGUGGAUAUAGAAACCAGGAAGCCCCUAGAGCCUGAAUCAGAAUUCAUCAUCAAAGUGCAGGAUAUUAAUGAUAAUGAACCAAAGUUUCUGGAUGGACCUUAUAUUGCUAGUGUCCCAGAAAUGUCUCCUGUGGGUGCUUAUGUGCUCCAGGUCAAGGCCACGGAUGCAGAUGACCCAACCUAUGGAAACAGUGCCAGAGUCGUUUACAGCAUUCUUCAGGGACAGCCUUAUUUCUCUAUUGAUCCCAAGACAGGUGUUAUUAGAACAGCUUUGCCAAACAUGGACAGGGAAGUCAAAGAACAAUACCAAGUCCUCAUCCAAGCCAAGGAUAUGGGCGGACAACUGGGAGGGUUAGCUGGAACGACAAUAGUCAACAUCACCCUAACAGAUGUCAAUGACAAUCCACCUCGAUUCCCAAAAAGCAUUUUCCAUCUGAAAGUUCCUGAGUCUUCCCCUAUUGGCUCAGCUAUUGGAAGAAUAAGAGCUGUGGAUCCUGAUUUUGGACAAAAUGCGGAAAUUGAAUACAGUAUUGUUCCAGGAGAUGGGGGAAAUUUGUUUGACAUCGUCACAGAUGAGAAUACACAAGAAGGAGUCCUCAAAUUGAAAAAGCCAUUGGAUUUUGAAACAAAGAAGGCUUAUACUUUUAAAGUAGAGGCCUCCAACCUGCACCUUGACCACCGGUUUCACUCUGCGGGCCCUUUUAAGGACACUGCCACAGUGAAGAUCAGCGUGCUGGAUGUGGGCGAGCCGCCGGUUUUCAGCAAGCCCCUCUACACCAUGGAGGUUUACGAAGACACUCCAGUGGGGACCAUCAUUGGCGCCGUCACUGCCCAAGACCUCGAUGUCGGCAGCAGUGCUGUAAGGUACUUCAUAGAUUGGAAGAGUGAUGGGGACAGCUACUUUACAAUAGAUGCAACUGAAGGAACCAUCUCUACUAAUGAAUUACUAGACAGAGAAAGAACCGCGCAGUAUAAUUUCUCCAUAAUUGCAAGUAAAGUUAGUAACCCAUUAUUAACCAGCAGAGUCAACAUAUUAAUUAAUGUUCUAGAUGUCAAUGAAUUUCCUCCAGAAAUAUCUGUGCCAUAUGAGACAGCUGUGUGUGAAAAUGCCAAACCAGGACAGAUAAUUCAGAUAGUCAGCGCUGCAGACCGAGAUCUUUCACCUGCUGGGCAGCAAUUCUCCUUUAAAUUAUCACCUGAAGCUGCCAUCAAACCAAAUUUUACAGUUCGUGACUUCAGAAACAACACAGCUGGCAUUGAAACCCGAAGAAAUGGAUACAGCCGCAGGCAGCAAGAGUUAUACUUCCUCCCUGUUGUAAUAGAAGACAGCAGUUAUCCUGUCCAGAGCAGCACAAACACAAUGACUAUUCGAGUUUGUAGAUGUGACUCUGAUGGUACCAUCCUGUCUUGUAACGUGGAAGCAAUUUUUCUUCCUGUAGGACUUAGCACCGGGGCUUUGAUUGCAAUACUACUGUGCAUUGUUAUACUCUUAGCCAUAGUUGUGCUGUAUGUAGCUCUGCGAAGGCAGAAGAAGAAAGACACCCUGAUGACCUCUAAAGAAGAUAUCAGAGACAAUGUUAUCCAUUAUGAUGAUGAAGGAGGCGGGGAGGAGGACACCCAAGCUUUCGACAUUGGUGCUCUGAGAAACCCAAAAGUGAUUGAAGACAACAAAAUUCGCAGGGAUAUAAAACCAGACUCUCUCUGUUUGCCUCGUCAGAGACCACCAGUGGAAGAUAAUGCAGACAUAAGGGAUUUCAUUAAUCAAAGGCUACAGGAAAGUGAUGUGGACCCCACCGCCCCACCAUACGAUUCAUUGGCGACAUAUGCCUAUGAAGGCAAUGGAUCAGUAGCCGACUCUCUUAGCUCCAUAGAAUCUCUGACCAUGGAAGCAGACCAGGACUACACCUAUCUAACAGACUGGGGACCGCACUUUAAAGUCUUGGCAGACAUGUUUGGCGAAGAAGAGAGUUAUAAAACUGAUAAAGUCACUUAG